UUCAGUGAUCUGACGGGGGCCAUGAACACAACCGCAGACGUCGAGCCCAGCCGCGGUCCAGUCGAAGAUGUAAUCAAAAGGCUGACGACAAGUCGAGGAAUUGGAUCGCUGGUGCCGUUGUCGUGGUCGUGGUGGUCGUCGUCGUUUGCGUAUACGGGUUCUUCGACAAUGAAUAGCUGACAAAAUGUUGCAGAUCAAAAAAGAAUCGAUAAAAAGGGAGAGCCCUGAGGCCCCCACUCCUGAUAGUACAACUGUUGAAAGCAAGAGUUAUAUUUGUGGAGAAGAAGUAUUGGUUCAUUUAAAUGAUGAACGAUUUUAUUUAGGAUUUAUAGCAAAAUUGAGGUAUAAAGAAUCUAAAUGCUUAGUUAAGUUUGGCGAUAAUACUGUAAAAUGGGUAUUCUUAAAAAAUGUCACACGAAUGACAUGUACGAGUACAACUACCCAAUUUUGCAAUGUGUGCAAUAUCGAGGCUUUGCCAGAUGAUAUUUGUGUAUGUGAUAAAUGUGCUAAUGUAUACCAUCGUAAAUGUCACAAGCCGGAAGUUGAAAUUCCAGAUAUUAGUGUAUGGAUAUGUUUUCAAUGCAAGGAAAAACAACAGAUUAAUAGACUGCAAGUUAUAAACUCUGUAUCAAGCACAAUUGUUCCAAAACCUGUUAAACUACCUUAUGAUUUAAAUGCUUUACAAUGGGACAUACAUCAUCGUAUUAAUAAUUUAGGAACCUAUUGCUAUUGUGGAGGACCAGGAGACUGGUUUAUCAAUAUGCUGCAAUGCGGUAAAUGUUUACAAUGGUUUCAUGAAAAAUGUGUCACUUCAUUGAUAUAUCCUCUGUAUCUCGGUGAUAGGUUUUAUGUCUUUUUGUGCUCAGUGUGCAAUGUAGGUACAGAAUUUGUACGUCGUAUUGAAAUGGAAUGGUCAGAUUUAGUUCAUCUUGCCCUUUUUAAUAUGACUGCUUAUAAACCACAGAAAUAUUAUGAUGUGGACAUAAAUAUACUUCCAUAUUUAGAUAACCAUUGGACUUCAAUGUAUCUACCUCCUAAAAUUCUUAAUGUUCCUGUUGAUGACAGGAAAGUUUAUGUUGUCAAUUCCCUGCUCAAAGACACCAAUCAUAGGUUUGAAUUCCAGGGUAAAAAACCCACCAACAUGUGGGGACUCCGACUGAAGUUGCCACCUAAGCCCCCACGUUUUACGUUACCUGCAGAAGUCCCAAUUAAUGAGAAUCUUCUGCAUCACCAAUUGCGCAAUAAACUUAACCUCAGUAUAUUACCACCUCCAAAAAAGACUGAUUUUGUAAUAAAUGAGCGACUUACCGAGUCAAUGUAUUCAGUGGAAGGAUUGAAAUUUUUACAUCAAGAUUCACAUGUUGUUAUGUUACCAAAAGGCCUUCCAUCAGUUGGACAUAAUGUAUGUAUUAAAAGUGCCAGUCCAAUUGUACCUGUUCCAAGAUCUGUAAUUGAAAGACGGAUUAGGCAACAACAAAUAGAGACAAAUAAACGAAGUUCUCGAAGUUCGAGUGUGGUUACUAAUAAAGUUAAAAAAUCAAUUAAAAAAGAAAAAGUUCCUGAAAGUCGAUCACCUUCACGUUCAACUGAAAGUACUCCAGAAAAAUAUAUAUCUGCAUCUGAAGAAGAACUAACUAGUGAAGAUGAACCUGAUGAUGAUGAAGACCUCGAUGACGAAGAUGAUGUUGAUUCGAUACGUACAACUGACCUUCAGAGCCGCCGUAGUCAGAGACUUAGUGUCAAUCGUUUAUUAAAUGGGCGACCAAUGGCUAGAUCAACACUUCCACGUGAGACUCGUUCCGCUUCAUCGAUUACUUUGCCACUCUCUUUAGCACCUGUAAUUACUCAACCACAAGUUCGCACUACCAAACGAAGACUAAGUGAAAAAGAUUUGCGAGUUGAUCGUAAUGGACAGUAUUUAGUUAAACGCAAGAGGUUACGUCGAAAUGGCUUACAGAAUAGUGGUUCAACUCCAACAAAACGCCAGUCCAAGACCAACUGUAAUGGUCGUCCAAUGUAUAAAUCUUAUUCAGAUUUUUUUGCAAAUCAUAGUCAUUCUGUGAAUAGACCUUGUUCACCUGAAAAUGCUGUAGACUCUACAGCUGAUCUUAAAACUCUUGUACAUUCGUAUUUCGGUGCUAGUAAUAGAAUUGCUAACGGUGAAGAAUAUACUAUAUUAUGCAAAAGAACUAAUCCAGAUGGGUCGGAAGAAUUUUUAAUUAGAUGGGAUUAGUAUAUUCUUUAUAAUUGUUUAACAUAACAAUAUUGUUUAAUUUCAAAAUUCCCAUAGAAAGAAAAUAAAAUGUUAAUACAUUUUAA